AUGACGUGUUGCAGAGAUCCUGCAUAUCAGUGCGAGGAUAACAAAAGUUCACAUCUCAACUGUACAGGAAUUGCUGAAUUUGGUGGCUGUGUUACCGAAGUACCAUGGAUUGCAUUGAUGUUACAAAAGGAAUGUCCACAUUCGUGUGGUUUAUGUGAAGUUUCAUUCUGCGCUGAUAAGAGUGAAAUGUGUCCUUUGUUGGCGGAAAUAUGUAACCACAAAAUCCAUGAAGCUGCUGCCAGUAAUAACUGCGCUGACAGCGCUCCUGAAUGCCAUGGAAUUCGAAAUCUAUGCCACGUACCGGAAUUCGCUGGAGUUAUGAAGGAAAAAUGCAAAAGAACUUGCAAUUUUUGUGAAGUCGAUACCACCCAUAAAACAGCAUGUAAAGACUCCAUGAUGAGUUGUCCUUUGUGGGAUCGAAUUGGUUUCUGCGCAGAUAAAGGAUACACCGUACAACAGAAGCGUUACUACUGCAUGAAGACGUGUGGCUACUGCUAA